GCCUUGGCCAUCAAUAUUGGCCACCCUUUUCAUCCGCCUCAUCAACAUCGAUUGUACAUUUCUUUGAAGCAUAACGAAUACCAUUGACCAUCAAGCACCACCCAAAAUGGCAUCCUCACUCCCCUCUACGAUGAAAGCCAUCAUCAUCAAUGGCAACAAGGCCAAGAUCUCCACCAUUCCACUCCCUAAACUCCGGCCAACCUAUCUCCUCGCAAAAGUCAACUCCAUCGCACUCAAUCCUACCGAUUGGAAGCACAUCAACGGCAAGCGUGCGUCCCCCAAUGGACUCUCGGGCUGCGACUUUGCCGGCACGGUAGUGGAAGUCGGAUCGGACGUGAGCAAGUCUUUCAAGCCGGGCGAUCGUGUUGCGGGAACCACACAUGGUGGAAAUGCAAGCCAGAUCGAAGACGGAUGUUUUGCGGAGUAUUGCGUGGCCAAGGCCGACUUGCUAGUGAAGCUUCCCGACAGUCUGUCGUUUGAUGCUGCUGCAACGUUCCCGCUGGGUGUUUCCACCGUUGGGCAAGGACUGUAUCAGAAGGCUUUGAAGUUGAAUCUGCCCACCAACCCUACGAAGGGUGGCGAGACGGUGCUUAUCUAUGGCGGCUCAUCUGCCACUGGAUCGCUGGCCAUUCAAUAUGCCAAGUUGUCCGGCUACAAAGUCCUGACAACCUGCUCACCGAAGAACAACGACUUCGUCAAGUCGCUCGGUGCAGACGGAGUCUACGACUACAAGGACCCCGAGUGCGGCAAGAAGAUCAACAAAGACACCAACAACUCCCUCAAACUCGCAUGGGACACCAUCUCCCUCGAGGCGUCUGCAAAGAUCUGCGACGAAGCUCUGUCCACCGACUCCACGGGCGCAAAAUACGGCGUGAUUCUCCCCGUCAAACUCCCCAGCAGGCCGAAAGACGUCGAGACGACGUGGACCUUCAUGUACACCAUUUUCGGCGAGGCCUUUACCAAAGCCGGCCGCGAGACGCCUGCCAUGCCCGAGGACUUUGAGUUUGCGAAGAAGUUCUUCGCCAUUACGGAGCAGCUGCUGGCGGAGGGCAAGCUGAAGUCGCACCCGGAGAAGGUGGGCGAGAACGGACUGGCGGGGGCGUUGAAGGGGAUGGAGGAUAUGAAGAAUGAGAAGGUCAGCGCGAAUAAGCUGGUGUAUCGCGUGGCUGACACGCCGUCUGGAGAGGAGGCCGAGGUGGAGUUGUAGGGACAGUGGAUGUCACGGGCACGACUUUGCAAGGCUAGGUGUGAGUAGUCGCAAAGGUGUGAUGUACAUGCAAUUCAAUCAAUCGCAUCAAGUAUAGUAAGC